AUCGGGGGGGGGGUCGCCUUUGCGCUUGCCACGGACUGGCGUGCUUGUACGGGAAAGACAACCUUCAACUAUGGUAAUUUGCGACAUGGAUUGAAUCCCCUGUUCAUGUUCAGUCGCGCCAUGCCAUUGCUGGUGGGAUACGCUGCUAGUUUUCAGAUAUAUCUCGAGGACAUCGUGCUGUCCAGUAGGCAGGCACUUGUUUGCGGGCUCGCACACAAGAUCGUGGCAAGCAUGCAUGAGGUAAAACAUGCAGCGGCAGGACAUGCGCGAAUUAGCGGAUACGUCAAAUUUUGA